AGUGCUGCCACAGUAACUAAGCGACCUUCUGACGCGUCAAAACAACAUCCGUCAUAGUGGUCGCUAAUUUUGUGCUCUGCACUCACUACCACUCUAAACCUGGGGAUUACCCUCAAGCCUUAGUUACGCCCAGUCAUCAUCAUCAACCCUCGCCCUCCUAAUAUCGCUGCACGCCUUUGCAUCGCAACUUGCGCAGUCAUCGAAAGAUAAACAUUCCUGUUCGCUAUACGUAUCGUAAACUUGUGCAGGAAUUUCACUUUCUUCUGCCCCCUGCAUGAUCUCUGCAACUGUCUUGUAAGACACCUUGGUGCAAUGACCAGCUUGGUGUACAAGUUCCGCUGCAACUUAUUGGGUCACUCGAAGGAUGUGCGGGCAGUGGCCACCACCCAGGAAGGCCUCAUUGUUACAGCUUCUAGAGAUAAUACAGCAAAAUUAUGGGCGCCUGUAGAUAAUGGAACUGAAUAUGCAGAAAAACAGGUAUACAGUGGCCAUUCUUCAUAUGUUACAAGUGUGUGUAUAGUGCCAGGCAACUGUGACCAUCCUGAAGGUCUGGUCGCAACGGGAUCCAGGGACACUACUAUAUUAAUAUUUUCACUGAAUGGUGGACAACCUUUACACACGCUCACUGGUCAUUCAGAUACAGUGUCAUGCCUUACUUGGGAUAGUGGAGUGUUGGUAUCAGGCUCCUGGGACAAUACUUGCCGUAUAUGGACCAACUGGGAGUGCAGUUAUGAAUUAAAGGGGCACAGUGGACCUUUGUGGAGUGUAGCAUUUGUUCCUAGCAUUGACCAAAUUGCCAAUCAAAGACCAACCACCAUGCUAACUGCUUCAGCUGAUAAGACAAUAAAGCUAUGGAUUAAUGAAAAGGAAUGUAGAACAUUCACUGGUCACAAAGACUGUGUCAGAGGUCUGACGGUUUUGAAUGCCAAGCAUUUCCUGUCUUGCUCCAAUGAUGCUUCAGUUAUAUUGUGGGCCAUUACAGGAGAGGCUCUUGCUACAUAUUAUGGACAUACAAAUUUUAUUUACUCGAUAAGUCCCAUUAGUGAUGGUGGAGCCUUUGUAACUGGAGGAGAAGACAGGACUGUGCGGGUGUGGGAUUCAAAUGGCAUUUGUGUUCAGACUAUUCACAUGCCUGCUCAAUCUGUUUGGGCAGUGGCUGCUCUGCCAAAUACAGAUAUUGUAUGUGGAUCAAGUGAUGGUAUGUGUCGUGUAUUCACAAAUGUCAAAGAGCGGCAAGCUGAUACAGAAGGUCAAAAGGAAUUUGAAGAAUGUGUUGCUAAAUCCACCAUGGCUGUGGGUGACCUUGGUGGUAUUAAGAAAACUGAACUUCCAGGUAGAGAGAUUCUGCUGGCUCCUGGAAAACGUAAUGGGCAUACUGUGAUGGUGCGUGAGGGUGAGAAGGUAAACUGCUAUUCCUGGUCAACCUCGGACCAACAAUGGACUGCUGUGGGCGAGGUGGUGGGUGGUGCUGGAGGCUCACAGAGUACUUCUGGCAAAGUACUCUUUGAGGGCAAAGAGUAUGAUUAUGUAUUUGAUGUGGAACUUGAUGAAGGUAGUCGCCUUAAACUGCCUUACAACAUUUGUGAAGACCCAUACUUUGCGGCUCAGCGUUUUAUACAUAGUCAUGAGUUGCCUCAAGAAUUUUUGGAUCAGGUAGCAACCUUUAUUAUCAAUAAUACCAAAGGAAUGACUCUGGGGGUGGAGGGUGGCAGUCAGUAUGCUGACCCAUUUACCGGUGGUUCACGCUACCAGCCGAGUGCUUCUCUUGCAUCUGCUUCUCUCGAUACUGAUCCUUUCACAGGGAGUGGUCGGUAUAUUCCCAGCUCAUCAGGUGGGAGUACUCAAACUGGUCUCUCACUUCAGGGUGCAGUGGGUAUUCUUCCUUCUUCUCAUUUCUUUCCUCAGUUAAUUCCUUUAAAGUUCGAGUCUUGCAAUUCUGCAGGUAUGCUGUCAAAGUUACUAGAAUCCAAUUCAUUGUUAAGUCCAGAGAAACACCUUAGUAAAGAGAUGCUAGAACAGGUGGUUGAAACUGUGUCAAAUGCAAAGGAUUCAGAUCCAAAACUUUUAGCUCCUUUAGAAACUGCUUUGCAAUGGCCAGUGGAAAGUGUGUGGCCAGCGCUAGAUGUUUUACGGUUGGCUUUACAGUCUGAGCAUAUGCAAAAAGAAUGGCUAGUUAAGGAACGUGGGAUAGCAUUAAUUAAUCACCUUAUUUCUCUCGUUCGACCACCCUCAUCAGCUAAUGCUCAACUCCUUUCUCUUCGUUGUUUCACCAACAUGGCUGCCCACGAACCAGGACGUUGUGUUUUAACAAUGGCAUGGGAGCAGGUGGUUUCUGCUACUGUAGAAAUAUCACCAUAUCCUAACAAAAAUAUGGAGAUUGCAGCAGCUACAGUACUUCUUAAUUACAGCGUAAUGUUAGGCACAGCUGCAAAUAUAGAGAAACAAUGUAAAGUUCUGAGCGGUGCUGCUGCAGUAGCCAUGUGCUCGAAAGAUCCAGAAGCACAAUUUCGUGCCCUUGUGGCCAUUGGAACAUUGCUAUACCAGAGUGCUGAAUGCCGUUCCUUUGCCGUUUCUCUUGAUUUGAAAUCGGUUGUUCAAACAUUAUCAGGGGUUACUUCACCAUCUAAAGUAGGGGAAUGUGCUGGCCAUGUACUCCGGCUCCUUUAGCAUUGUUGUAGGAAUUUUUAAGUACUUUGUAUCAUCAUCUGUAUAUGAUCUUUUAAUACAAAACAAUUGCCUUAAAUUGAUGUAAACUCAAAUAAAGUGUAUAAUUUGAAA